ACUACUGUUUGCGAAAAAAAAAUCAAAGCGUUUCAAAAAAAGUUUGAUGGGAAGAAAGAAAAAAUUUGAUUUAAAUUAAAAAAGAUAGAAAAUUGGUUAAAAUAAUUAACAAAAACAUAAAACUAAUAUAAAAAUAUUAGUUGAAAGCUAAAUAUUAACAUAAAAAAACAGGUGAAUAGACUUUAAAAAAAGUAAUAAAGAAAAAAAUUCGCAAAAAUUAAGACAGGCAGAGAAAAAAACGCUUACUUGCAAACUUGUUUUUUAUUUGGCCAACAUCAAACUAUAACUUGUUCUUUCUCCUGCUACCUUGAGUACCACUAUGUCUUCAACUUCUACGACUAGUGGUGGUCCAUCAGCAACUAAUACGACAGCUUCAUCGGCUGCUGCCACUGGUCUUGUGGCCGCCAAUUCACCACCAGGCACUGCCAAUAAUAUGUCUGCUACCAAUAAUGCCACCACCACCACAACCAACACAAAUUCUACACCCAAUUCUGGACGCGGUCGUAAUGGUAAUAAUGCCACGGUAGGUGCUACCAAUAAUCCCGCCUCUUCGGGUUCAUCAACAAAUGCUUCCACUGGCUUAGGGGGUGCCGGCAUUGGCGGUGGUGGUGUUAGUGGUGGCUCGUCCUCGACUGCAGCGGCCACGACUAGUGAGGAAACGCGUAAAGAUCCCAAACCAAAUCCAAAAAUCUCAAAAGCUUUGGGUACUUCAGCCAAACGUAUACAAAAAGAACUGGCCGAAAUUACUCUAGAUCCACCGCCCAACUGUAGUGCCGGUCCCAAGGGUGAUAAUCUAUAUGAAUGGGUUUCGACCAUUUUGGGACCACCCGGUUCCGUAUAUGAAGGUGGUGUUUUCUUUUUGGAUAUUCACUUUUCACCCGAGUAUCCUUUUAAACCUCCUAAAGUUACGUUCCGUACUCGUAUCUAUCAUUGUAACAUCAAUAGUCAAGGUGUUAUUUGUUUAGAUAUUCUCAAGGAUAAUUGGUCGCCAGCAUUGACCAUAUCAAAGGUGUUGCUGUCAAUUUGUUCCCUGCUGACUGAUUGUAAUCCUGCCGAUCCUUUGGUUGGUAGUAUUGCUACUCAAUAUUUACAAAAUCGCGAAGAGCAUGAUAGAAUCGCUAGACUAUGGACAAAAAGGUAUGCAACAUGAUUUCCCCAAACAUUAUCAUCUAACGAACGUUGUAGUUGUAAGAAGAACCUCAAAUAUUAUAACAACAUAAACUUAACACUUAUUACAUUAUAUAAAUGGAUAGAUAUGAACUACAACAUUAACAGCAACAACAAUUUAUUAUUAUAUAACAUUUAGAAUGAAAGAAAAAACCAACCAACUGAAAAAACAAAACGAAUUAUUAUUGCAAAUAAAUUACUGCAAAACUAUAUAAUUAUUUAAUAAAGAUAAACAAAAAAAAAAAAAAAAUAAACUUUAAUAAAAUAAAACCGAAAAUCUUAAUGGCAAAAUAAUAAAAAAUAAACUUAUCCUAAAAAUAAAAACAAAAUCAUAAUAUUAAAACAAGAAAAAACAAAUACACAAAAAAAAUCAUGGCAUUAAAAAAUAAAAUAACAAAAGAAAACACAAUAAAAAAAUUAAAUAAAGCAAAGAGAAAUUGAAAAUAAUUAAGUUCUACAAAAAGAGAAAAGCAAAAAGCAUGAAAAAUAAGUGAAUUAAUUUGUAAAGCUCUUUAACAAAAAAAAAAAAAAUUGCAUUUGAAAAAAAAAAAAUACAGAAAAACAGGUGACUGAAAAAUUUUUGUUUAAAAUUUUGCUUAAAUUAAUAUUGAAAAUCUUUUAAAUCCUGUAUUUUAAACAAUUUGCUAAAUUUAAAUAUUUGCCUAAACUUUCCUGCAUAAAAACAAUGUUUUCUUUUUCCCGCUCUAGCAGCAAAAUAUAAUAUAAUUGUAGUUUAUGUACAGUUUUAAGUAAUUAAACUAACAACAAACGAAUUAAUUUAAAAACAAACCUACAUACCUAAAAUACACACAUACAUACAUAUAAAACAUCUAUACAUAAUGAAAAAAAAAAAAACUAACAAAAAACCACACAAAUAUACAUAUUAUAUACACAAAAUAUAACAACUACAAAACAAGAAAGAAGAAAGCAAAAGUAAAUAAAACACAAUAAUGAAUGAUGCUCCUUUUCCAUUUUCCCCCAUGCUACAUUUGCAAUUUAAUAUCUUUGUGUAUUUGUAGUUAUUAAUUUAAUAUUACAAUUUGUUUUGUUUUAUUUUAUAUAUUAAAAAAAAA